AUGAAGCACUUUCUUGCUCUUUUUUUUCUUGCUGGCCUCGCAGUAGCUGAGGCUCAGUUUUCAAGGCCGCCUAAGGACAGGCGUGACGCUGAGCCUCAAAUUGCUACAAAGCCACCUCAGGGAAGGAGUUGUGGCCUAAAAUCUUUCUUGAACAAAGGCUAA